UCGCACCAAAGUCACCCCUGUAAUAAAGAAUAAUCGAGCUCAUCUUCCCCGUAUCGUCACGCUUCUUCACCAUAUAUUUUUCUCUCUCUACAAAACUCCGUUAUAUAUACUUUGACUCUAUCUUUCCGACGUCAGUCUCUCUCUGGAUUCUAGAUUUGUGAUUUUUUAAGGGUCACUGAAGCAGAGGGAAAUGGGGCAGCAGUCGUUGAUCUACAGCUUCGUGGCGCGGGGGACAGUGAUCCUUGCAGAGUUCACGGAGUUUACGGGGAAUUUCACUAGCAUAGCCUCGCAGUGCCUACAGAAACUCCCCGCUACCAACAAUAGGUUCACCUACAACUGCGAUGGUCACACUUUCAACUACCUUGUUGAGGAUGGAUUCACGUAUUGUGUUGUUGCUGUUGAAUCUGUUGGCAGACAGAUUCCUAUGGCAUUUCUUGAGCGAAUUAAGGAGGAUUUCACCAAGAAAUAUAGUGGAGGAAAGGCUGCUACAGCUGUUGCUAACAGCCUGAAUAGAGAAUUUGGGCCCAAAUUGAAGGAGCAAAUGCAGUACUGUGUGGAUCAUCCAGAGGAGAUCAACAAGCUUGCAAAGGUAAAGGCUCAGGUUUCAGAAGUCAAAGGGGUGAUGAUGGAAAAUAUUGAGAAGGUUCUUGAUCGAGGAGAGAAAAUUGAGCUUCUAGUGGAUAAAACUGAGAAUCUUCGAUCUCAGGCGCAAGAUUUUAGGACACAAGGGACCCAGAUGAGGAGAAAGAUGUGGUUUCAGAAUAUGAAGAUAAAACUUAUUGUCCUCGCCAUCAUCAUCGCUUUGAUUCUUAUCAUUGUAUUAUCAGUUUGCGGUGGAUUCAAAUGUCAUUAGUGUGUGCAUGUAUCCUCAAACAUGUUACAUUAACCCGGUCCUUCAUGAACACGUGUUGAGCUAUUUUUCACAGAUUUCGUGUUUAUUUACAUCUUUUUUUCCCUCA